AUGGCUGUUCUCGCAGCUUCUCGCACUGCCAACACCCAGCCGAGGAGUCCAUGGUCACCUUCACUGGCUCCCACAGAGGAUCAACUUGAACCCAUAUUCGAGGAUGACUUUUUCGGUACUUACGGAGAAGAUGAUAUAGAGUGGCUGAGUGAUGAUAGAAAUAAUUCCACCGAUGAAGAGGAGGGCCUGUAUGACUCAGGCGAGUGGGAACCUCCCACACAGGAUGAGAAUGAACGGGAGCCUCCUGUAGAUGAAGAUGAUCAGGGCGCUGAAGAGAUAGAAGAACAUGUUGUAGGGCAAGAUAAUAUUGUUGUCGUACCAUAUCCGGAUGCACGCGCAGGUAAACCCAUAACUGGACGACCUACUCGCUGUGCAAAUGCCACAUAUGGACUUGAUUCUGGCAGCACUGUAAACAUUUAUGCCCCCUUUUCCUCCCAAAUGGACUGGGAUAUCGCCAAAUGGGCGAAGCUACAUGGUUCUAGCUCAACAGCAUUUACUGACUUGCUUGAAAUUGAAGGACUCAGUGAUCGUCUUGGCCUCUCAUAUAAGAAUUCAAAAGAGCUAGACAAGAUCAUCGACAACAACCUUCCCGGGCGACCAAAGUUCAAGCGUGAACAAAUCAUUGUUGCGGGGGAAGCAUUCAAUGUCUUCUACAGAGACAUUAUUGAAUGUAUCAAAGCGCUGUACAGUGACCCUGACUUUGCUGAUUUUCUAGUAUUUGCACCCGAGCAUCACUACGCUGAUGAAGAUCAAACUGUACGGUUGUUUCAUGACAUGCAUACCGGCCAGUGGUGGUGGGACAUGCAAAGAGCGCUUGAUCAACGACGUCCAGGCGCCACAAUCAUUCCCAUUAUUAUAUCGAGCGAUAAAACCCAGGUGACGAUGUUCAGGAAUAAAAGUGCCUAUCCCCCAUCCCGUCGCGCCCAUAUCCUCUUGGCAUACUUGCCCACUACCCGCCUUGAGCACAUCGCAAAUAAAGCUUCAAGAUGCCGUACUAUUUCAAACCUUUAUCAUGCCUGUAUGAGUCGCAUACUGGCUCCACUUAAGACUGCUGGUACUGAUGGGCUGGUAAUGAGUAGUGGUGAUGGCGUGGAACGUCAUUGCGACUAUCCCGAGCAAUUGCUCGCUACUGGAGUGAAGGCAAUGGAAUGCCCAAAAUGUGACAUUCCUACAAAGGAACUCGGGAGUAACACGGCACCAUUUGAAAUACGCGACCUUCACGCUGUUUUGGACGCUCUUUCCAGGAUUGACGACGGUGACCUGGUGUUUGUACAGGCAUGUCGUGAAGCUGGAAUCAAACCCAUUAUACACCCAUACUGGGAGGACCUCCCUCAUGCAAAUAUUUUUCAGGCAGUCACACCUGACUAUAUCACCAGCCUCUCACGUCUCAGCGGUACUGAACACAGUCAAAUAUGCCGAUUUCUCCUCGGUAUCAUCAUCGAUACUCGACUUCCUGGAAACCUUGCUUCGUCUCGCCUCCUCAAGGCUGUGCGCGGUCUUCUCGACUUCCUUUACCUCGCUCAGUACCCAUGUCAUAGUUCUGAGACGCUGCUUUUACUGGAUGAAGCUUGUGCUCUCUUUCACGACAACAAGGAGAUAUUGAUAUUCAUUGACCUCAGAAUACGAACCAAUUUCAACCUCCCGAAGCUCCACUCAGGACGCCACUACUUGACUAUGAUUCAAACUUUUGGGACGACAGAUAAUUAUAAUACGGAGUACACGGAGCGGCUACAUAUUGAUCUUGCCAAGGAUGCCUACCGUGCAACCAAUCAUAAGGAUGAAUUUAUACAGAUGACGAAGUGGCUAGAGCGGAAGGAGAAGAUCGCUCGUCAUGAGCAGUUCAUAAAAUGGUGUCUUGACGGGGAUCGUGCUCCUCAUCAUCCGCAUCCACCUGACUUACGCUUUGAUCGCACCCAGCAAUUGACAAAGCAUCCAAGCGCUAAAGCCGUCCCCAUUCAAAAAUUGAUCACUGACUAUGGUGCAACCUACUUCCGACAGGCCCUCGCUCGUUACAUCGCACAACAACAGAAUCCAAAUGAGGUGAUUACUCGCCAGCGCCUGGAAAACCUUGCUGCAGGUAUUCAUCUGCCUUUCCACGCUGUUCCUGUGUAUCACAAGAUAAAGUGGUUGUCGACCGAUGCUCGGGGACACAGCGAUCCGCUUGUCGCAGUGGAUAGUAUACAUGCUAGACCCCAUCGCAAUGCCCGACGCGAAAAUGACGUGGUACCAGCACGCAUUGAUACUGCACUUAUCAAUGAUGGUACUGGUAGUUUUGUUGGGGUUAAAGGCUUCCGUGUAGGUCAAAUUCAUCUUGUUUUCUCAAUUCCGGCAUCAGCAACACAGUUUUUGUUCCCUCCAACAAACCAGCCCCCAAAGCAUCUCGCGUAUGUGGAGUGGUUUACCCCCUUUCCUGCAACACCGGAUCCCAGACACGGCAUGUACAAAAUUAGUCGGUUAAUCAAGUCUGGUGAGAGAGUCGCGAGUAUCAUUCCGGUGUCCAAUAUUACCCGCAGCAUCCAUCUCAUGCCAAGGUUUGGAGCUGUUGCACCACGACACUGGACAGUCAACAAUGUUCUUGAAGAAUGUGACACCUUCUUCGUUAAUUGUUAUAUUGAUAGGCAUAGUUUUGUGACACUUAGAUGA